CAGAAACUUGUGUCGACUGACGAAUUGACGAUUGUUUUGUCUUUGCUCCGUGGUUUAUUUGUGUUUUACAGUCAGUGAAAAAUAAUCAAGUAUCAACUAUAUUACCCAAGUUCAUUUUAGAAUUAAUUCGUUUUUAUGCUUUAACUAUAUUAACUGAAAAAACAAAGACUUUGCCCCUUGGAAUCAGUAAUUUUGUGUGUUACAUAUACAUUACAAACAAUCAAUAGCAUUAUGUCGUUUAUGCCACUGUGGCCGGAUCUACAGCCAAGAGCUACAGAUCCUCUGUGGUUCAAUGCAGACAAGCCCAUUGACGAUGAAAGUCAAGUGGCUGCAAUGGAACUGGAGUUUGAAGCUUGGCGAGAGCAGAUAAAAAUUGAGGGUUACGAACACAUACCAAUUGGAAAGUCAGCCAGCGACUUUAGAGGAUCUGAAGAAGAGGAAGAAGAAGAAGAAGAGGAGGAAGGUGAGGGUGAAGAAGAGGAAGAUUCUGAUACACACGAAGAAGAGGAGGAAGAAUUAGAUGACAUAGACAUGGAAGUAAGUUAUUCUCACCCACAACAGAGAUCAAGUCCUGCUGAUACUUCAACAGAUCAAGUUGUCAUUAGAAUGGAACCAAGCGGAGCUCCAUGACCAAUGGAAAAGCAAUAAAGUAGGCAAUAAUUGUUUUUUAUUAUUUAUACGGAUGUACCAUAAAAUUGUAAAUAAAAGUUUGA